UGUCAGCAAUUGACCAUAUCAAAAAGGGCAAGGUGGGUAACGGAUCACUCCUUCAGUUUCAGAGGCGAAAUGCUAGCAUAUUCCCUCGCCUUUUCUCAAGCCCGAACCUGUUGAACCCUGAAGCUCCCCACUUCCCUUAUUUUCAAACAGAUAGAGAUCAAACCCAAAUUUUUUUUUUAUAGAAUUAUUCUUCAAUUCUCAAAGCUAAAGCUGUAGAUUUUCUCCUCUGCUUUCGUUGGAUCUCAUACUUUCCACGUCUGUGUGAUCUCUUUAAUAAGGUUCAGGGAAUUGGUUUAUUAAUAAAAUAAUAAUGAUGGAGAGGGCAGAGUCGGCGCAGAAGCUAUAUACACGUAUGCGUCUCUGGGAAUUUCCAGAUGAGUAUGUGAUUGAACCAACCGAUGGAUCUUCUAGUUCUCUUUUGGCUGUUAGUCGUGUUGAUGGUUCCAUGAAACUCAUUGGUGGAGUUCCAGAAUGCAGCUCUCUUCGUGUUCCUAAAAUUAGGACUAUUUUUGGUGUAGUUGGAAUGCUUAAGCUUGUAGCAGGGUCAUACUUAAUUGUUAUAUCAGAACGGGAAUGUGUUGGAUCAUACUUGGGACAUCCUAUCUUCAAAAUUUCAUCAUUGAAGGUUUUGCCUUGCGAUCACUCUCUUAAAAAUUCCUCUGCAGAACAGAAAAAGGUGGAGACUGAAUUCUCUGGGCUGCUUAGUGUUGCCGAGCGGACUUGUGGUCUUUAUUUCUCAUAUGACACCAAUUUAACACUGAGUGCACAGCGAUUGCACGAUUUGGGUGAUGAAUCUAAAUUACUUCCACUUUGGAGACAGGCAGAGCCCAGGUUUCUAUGGAACAAUUAUAUGUUGGAAGUGCUCAUAGAUAAUAAGCUUGAUCCAUAUCUGCUUCCUGUUGUCCAAGGGAGCUUUCAGAACUUCCAAGCAGCCAUUGGAAAAGAUAUAAUUGAAGUUACUCUGUUCGCUAGGAGAUGCACAAGGAGAAAUGGCACUCGCAUGUGGAGAAGAGGAGCUGAUCCUGAUGGGUAUGUUGCCAAUUUUGUAGAAUCUGAACAAAUUGUACAUUUGAACGGGUUUACAACAUCAUUUGUUCAGGUUCGGGGUUCAAUGCCAUUUCUUUGGGAGCAGAUUGUCAAUUUGACAUAUAAGCCUAAGUUUGAGAUUGUCAAAUCUGAGGAUGCUCCUCAAGUAGCGGAGCGGCAUUUUCUGGAUUUGAGAAAGAAAUAUGGGUUUGUAUUAGCAGUUGACCUUGUCAAUAAGCAUGGAGGUGAGGGACGCUUAAGCGAAAAAUUUGCCAGUGCAAUGCAGCACAUCAUUAGUGAUGAUGUAAGAUAUCUGCACUUCGAUUUUCACAAAAUCUGUGGGCAUAUUCACUUUGAGCGCCUUUCUAUCCUUUAUGACCAAAUUGCGGAUUUCCUUGAGAAAAGUGGGUACCUUUUGUUGAAUGAAAAGGAUGAGAAAAUAAAGGAGCAAAUUGGGGUUGUAAGGACCAACUGCAUUGAUUGCUUAGACCGUACAAAUGUUACCCAGAGCAUGAUUGGUCGAAGAAUGUUAGAAAUCCAACUUAGAAGGAUUGGUGUUUUUGGUGCAGAAGAAACAAUUAGCUCACAUCCAAAUUUUGAUGAAAGCUUUAAAAUAUUGUGGGCCAAUCAUGGGGAUGACAUAAGCAUUCAAUAUUCUGGAACUCCUGCUUUAAAAGGAGAUUUUGUAAGAUGUGGCCAGAGGACAGCCCAAGGGAUCCUUAAAGAUGGUUGGAAUGCACUUGCUCGCUAUUAUUUCAAUAACUUCUCUGAUGGUAUAAAACAGGAUGCAAUUGAUCUCUUACAUGGACAUUACAUUGUUUCUGUGAGCAGAGAUAUGACCCCUCCAUCUCAAACAGGAGGCCUUGAGAAUAUUGCUUCUUUUCCGCUGGCUUUAUCAUUGGUCUUGGCUGGGUUCUUUUUUUCCAUGAUGUCACUCUGGCAAGUUCGAUAUGAUCUUCGGCACUUGUUCUUCUCGAUUAUAUGGGCAAGCAUUACUGUUGCUAUUGCAGCAUUUGUGAGGGCCAAUGGACGGAUUUUCUGCAAUCGGCCACGUCUGCAUAAACCUCGGCAUUGAUUAUAGGUUCAGAAUGCUCUGGCAUAUAUGACUUUCCUGUGAAUUCUUAGGUGGUGCUUAUUUUUUGUUCUUCCAUAAUUUUGUUUGGUCUCCUCUACAUAGCUUUGAUACGCGAUAAAUUCAUGCAUUUGUUGGCCUGAAAGGCAAUUUCUUUUUUGUUGUAUUUCAUUUUUAUUGUGUCAUGUAUUAUUGGAUUUUCUUUAUGGUUCAAGCUCAAAAUAUUUAGGUGGUAGGGUUAGAGGAAUUGUUUACAGCUUGAACCUUUCUGUAUCAAACCUACCAUGGCCAAAAUUGGUAGUAAUUAUAACUUUGUAUAAUGGUUGGUGCCUAUUUUAUAUUUAAAGCAAUUAAGAAGUUUGAGCUUUA